AUGAGAUUAGAAGCUCAAACCACAGAAUCAGAUCGUACAGGUCCUGCAUCAACAAAGCCCAGCAUGUACACAACAUCUUUCGCCUUCUUCGAGGCCCUCGUCGAAGCAGGCGUCAAGAACUGCUUCGUCAAUCUCGGGUCUGACCAUCCUAGUAUUCUUGAGGCCAUGGUCAGAGGCCAGCGGGAAAUGAAAGAUAAAUUCCCCAGAAUCAUCACGUGUCCUAAUGAAAUGGUUGCGCUGUCCAUGGCAGAUGGAUAUGCGAGGUUGAGUGGCGAGGCGCAAUGUGUCAUUGUGCAUGUUGACGUCGGGACAUCUGCUCUCGCGGCUGCAAUUCACAAUGCUGCUAUGGGAAGGGCGCCGGUUUUGAUCUUUGCUGGUCUUUCGCCUUAUUCUAUUGAAGGAGAACUUCUCGGUUCGAGGACUGAGUUUAUCCACUGGAUCCAAGAUGUGCCGGAUCAGAAGCAAAUUGUCUCUCAAUACUGUCGAUACGUCGGUGAGAUCAAGACUGGAAAGAAUGUCAAGCAAAUGGUCCGUCGCGCCCUCCAACUUGCAACAAGUCACCCUCAGGGUCCCUCCUAUCUCAUGGGCGCCCGCGAAGUCAUGGAAGAAACCAUUGAGCCAUACAACAUCAACUCCGCCUUCUGGAAGCCCGUCGCACCCGCAGCACUCCACCAAGAAGCCGUGCAAGAAAUCGCAGAAGCUUUGGUCAACGCCUCUGACCCAUUGGUCAUCGUCGGUUUCACCGGUCGGAACCACGCUGCUGUUGAGCCUCUUGUCGCGCUGGCGAAUACUAUCAAAGGCCUGAGAGUUCUUGAUACGGGAUGCUCGGAUAUGUGCUUCCCUGCUGAUCAUCCUGGGUGGCUGGGUAUGAAGUACGGCGUUGACUCGGCGAUUCAGAACGCCGACGUUUUUCUGAUUUUGGACUGUGAUGUUCCGUGGAUAAAUAAGCUUUGCAAGCCAAAGAAAGACGCCAGGAUUUUUCAUCUUGAUGUUGAUCCACUAAAGGAGAGCAUGUUGGUGUUUUACAUUGAUGCUGAGCAGCGAUAUCGUGUUGAUGCAGAGACGUCACUGCGACAGAUCACUGAUUAUCUCCGGGCAUCUCUGUCCGAGAAGCUUGCCACUUCUGAGUUUGAUCGUCGGGAACAAGCUCUACAGCAGUCUUAUACAGAGCGUAUUCGAGCUCUCGAUGCAAAGGCCAAGCCUCUCGAGUCAGGCAAGCUCACAACCGAUUAUGUCUGCUCAAUCCUACGCGCCAAGUUACCCGAAGACACGAUCUGGGCCGUCGAGGCCAUCACAAACAUGAUCGCCGUCGCAGAUCAAAUCCGCGCUACCAUCCCCGGCCAAUGGAUCCACUGCGGCGGCGGCGGUCUCGGCUGGAGCGGAGGCGGUGCCCUCGGUAUAAAACUCGCCGCCGACGCAGCAGACGCCGGUAAGCGCAAACGCUAUGUUGUGCAAAUCGUAGGUGACGGGUCAUACAUGUUCUCCGUGCCUUCAAGUGUAUACUGGAUCUCUGCGCGCUACGGCAUUCCCGUUCUUACCAUCGUGUUGAAUAACCUGGGCUGGAAUGCGCCCAAGAGAUCGAUGUUGUUGGUUCAUCCCGAUGGACCUGCUUCGAGGGCGACGAAUGAGGAGCUGAAUAUUUCGUUUGCGCCGAGUCCGGAUUACGCGGGUAUUGCCAAGGCUGCGAGCAAUGGGGUCAUAUUUGGUGCGAGGGUUGCUGAUGUUGACGAGUUUCAGAGUGCAUUGGCUGGGGCGGUUGAGAGUUUGGAUAGAGGCGUCUCUGCUGUGUUGGACGUGGCGAUUUAA